GGCGCUUUAGUCGUUUACCGUUUCCCGCCAAAAAAACAUCCAUCACCGGGUAUUUUACUGUGUCGUUUUGUUGUAAGUUGUUUAUAAGAGGCAGAUGCGGUAUCUCUCGUGUUUGUAUCUCGUGAAACUUGUGUGAGUGCGCAUCGCUAUGUACCGGACGUUUCUCCUAGUAUUGCUGAGCACAAACGCCGCAAUAGGCGCCCCCCAAGAGAGCAGAGAUAGUUCGAUCACAUAUCUAAAAAUACAGCCCGGAACAGAUAAGCCAGUUGAUACUCCAAACUACAGAAGCUACGGGUUUGUGCCAAAAAAUGCGAAAAAAUCCAGCAAGACCAGCAGUAUCAUCGUAUCUGAUGCUAAAAAUUUAAGCAUCACAGAACCUGAAGCUAAAAUAAAACCAGAACACGAAAGCAAUCAAACUGACAAACCUAAUGUAACCAGUGUUCCAGAAAUUGUCCAAUCAGUGACCAUCUUAAACCAAAACGUAUCUGACGAUCAACCUGAAGUAAUAGAUUCGAAAAAGUCAGAAGCGUCUGAAAUCGAAAAAACUAACAUUGAUCCGAACAUCGAAGAGAUAAAGGAACACAAAAAUCUGUUAAAGGACACGUUUGAAAAUUUAGACAAUCUGGAACCUAGUCAGUUUGAUCGCCACUCCAGAGACUACGACUACACGACUAACACUUACGAUUCCAGCGAAACCGAAGUCGCUGAUUACUCCACAGAAAAAUCCGAGAACUUAGACUCAAAAACUUCAAACGUUUCACCCAAACUGACAUAUUUCCAAAAGUAUGGCGGAUCUUUCUCGCAUAACUUAAUAGAAUCGUCUGGUAAACGCAGGUUUAGGUCGCGGUGCCGCUGUGAAAAAAUAUGGAACUGUCCCAAAUUGCAAAUAACUGUGCCUAGAUGCCCUGAGGAAUAUUUUAUGUGUUGUUUCUAGGUUAUACAAAGUCGAAACUUUUUAUAUAGACUGGGUCAGGCGUACAAUAGGGAACUCCGAUCAAUAUCAAGCUAUUUUCUCUCGGGGUUAGUUUUGAUUUAGCUUUCGUUCGUGUAGUAUGGAUUAAUAUGUAAGGUCUCAUUUGAUUUAUUGAAACUACUACAGGUCCAAAUAAAAUUAAAACAAUUUCUUUUAUGGUUUUAGAAGACGCAACAAUUCUUAAAGAAAAUUUUCAAGAAAAUUACCCCUUUAAAGAGGAUAUUGGGGACUAAAAUUGAUAGGGAGUAGAAUACACCGGUUAAAAUUAUCAAAAUUAAUACUUCAAAAAAAUAUUUUUCAAGUUAACACAAGAGUAUGUAUGCUAAUUUAAAAUCAAUAUAAUUUAGUAUCCGUAUUUGCGCAAUGAUUUAAUUAACGAUGUUUGUAAGUCAUUAUAACAGGUUUCGACUCAAUACUGUGUAAGCCCACCGAUCUCAUAAAUAAUUCGCUUGUGUAAAAUAUUUAUGUGGGUAAAUAUUUAGUGUAACUAUGUACUGAAUUUUAAGUUAUAUCUUAGUAUAUUUUUAAUUUAAAUGUAAUUUAUUAUUGUAUUUCAGGUGCAAUAAAUAAUAAAAGUUU